AUGUCACAGUAUCCUCCUUACGACGACAGGCAUACGUAUCAAGACGACGGGUACGGUCAGCACCCAUCGUUGGCUGCGAAUCCCUAUGACCAGCAUCUUUCGUCUUCACCAAACCCUUUCGAGCAGCACCACUUGUCCUCCCCAAACCCUUACGAGCACGAACAUCAGCCAUUUCAGCCCAUCCACGCAGAUCCGUUUGCUGUUCCGGGACAGCCGCCAGCGGAUGUGUACCAUUCACCAACCCAAGCAGGUCCAGGUUACGCAGACCCCUACCAGAGCCACCUGCACGCGACGUCACCUCCUCCAGUUCAAUCAGGUAUAUUGCCCAUGGCCUCAGCGUACACCUUGAACCCCGGCGCACCACAUGACUUCGGAGACCAGCAGGAGGAAUUCGACGUAGACACUGGCGACAUGCCCCUAUUACGUCGCGACGGUCCGCCCAUGUCAACUCCGGGAGAAUAUGAGCCUGUCGCUCCAGACGACAGAUCGGAGAGCAACAUCCGUUACGGACGCAUCCCACAACGCGUGCCCCGCCGAUACAAGACGAUCAAGAAGGUCGAGCUCUUCCACGGCAACUUCGUUCUCGAUUCCCCUGUGCCAAGCAAGCUGCUCCAGAUGAGCGCACAGAAGACCGAGCGCGAAUUUACACAUAUGCGCUACUCUGCUGCUACAUGCGACCCGAACGACUUCAAGAACAGCGGCUUCACCCUCCGUCAGGUGCACUACGACCCGCCUAGGAAGACGGAGCUCUUCAUAGUCAUGACCAUGUACAACGAGGAUGAGGAGCUUUUCUGCCGGACUAUGCACGGCGUCAUGAAGAACGUUGCCCACCUGUGCAAGCGUGAUCGCAGCAAGACAUGGGGCAAAGAGGGGUGGAAGAAGGUUGUCGUUUGCAUCGUGUCUGAUGGACGUCAGAAAAUCAACUCGCGGACAUUGAGUGUCAUUGCUACCUCGGGUGCUUACCAGGACGGUAUCGCAAAGAACGUCGUGAACGGGAAACCUGUCACAGCCCACAUUUACGAGUACACUACGCAGAUUUCCGUCUCCCCCUCGAUGAAGAUCGAAGGUGCAGAGAAGGGGUUCGUCCCCGUACAAGUCAUCUUCUGCCUGAAGGAGAAGAACCAGAAGAAGAUUAACUCGCACCGUUGGUUCUUCAACGCUUUCGGACCGAUCUUGGAGCCCAACGUCUGUGUGCUCCUCGACGUGGGUACCAUGCCCGGCCCGACUUCGAUUUACCACCUGUGGAAGGCGUUUGACAUCAACUCAAAUGUUGGUGGUGCCUGCGGAGAAAUCGUCGCACUCAAGGGCAAGUACGGACAGAACUUGAUCAACCCCCUCGUUGCGGCGCAAAACUUCGAGUACAAGAUGUCGAACAUCUUGGAUAAGCCCCUAGAGUCUGUCUUCGGGUACAUUUCUGUGCUUCCUGGUGCCUUUAGUGCCUACCGAUACAUCGCGCUUCAAAACGAUGUCACCGGAGAAGGUCCCCUUCAAAAGUACUUCUUGGGCGAGAAGAUGCACGGUGCUGGUGCAGACAUCUUCACGGCCAACAUGUAUCUGGCUGAGGAUCGAAUUCUUUGCUGGGAGCUUGUCUCGAAACGAGGUGGCUCAUGGAUUCUGCACUAUGUCAAGUCCGCUUACGCCGUGACGGAUGUUCCUGACCAGGUCCCGGAGUUAAUCUCACAGCGUCGUCGCUGGUUGAACGGCUCUUUUUUCGCCGCAAUUCAUAGUACCGUCCACUUCCACUACAUCUACCGGUCAUCGCACAGCCUGUUCCGGAAGUUCUGGAUUCAUGUGGAGAUGUUGUAUCAGCUUUUCAACUUGAUUUUCUCCUGGUUUGCUCUUGGGAACUACUACAUUUCGUUCACCAUUCUUAGUGAGGCUAUGGAAGACCCGUCUUUCAAUCUCGGCAACACCAUCCACAUCUUGAACGUUAUCCUCGAGUACCUGUAUGUGGGCCUGCUGGUCAUGUGUUUCUUGCUGUCGUUGGGUAAUCGGCCGCAAGGAGCGAAGUGGUUCUACACUAUGGCUUUCGUCGGCUUUGCCGUGAUCACCGUCUACAUGACCAUUGCUGCCUUCUUCCUUGCAUUCAAGGGCGUUGAAAAUCUUGCAAAGUCAGACGGGCCGCUCACAUUCUCGGAUCUCUUCACGAAUCCCAUCUUCCGUAACAUCGUUAUCUCGCUGCUUGCCACGCUCGGCUUGUACUUCCUGGCUUCCCUCAUCUUCUUCGAGCCAUGGCAUAUGAUUACUUCCUUCAUUCAGUACCUGCUGCUAGCGCCUUCAUACAUCAAUGUUCUCAACGUUUAUGCGUUCUCUAACGUGCACGAUGUUUCGUGGGGUACGAAGGGCGAUAACAAGGUUCAGACAGAUCUUGGUGUCGUGAGCACUGGAAAGAACACGAAUGAAGUCGAAGCGGACGUCCCCACCGCGCAGACAGAUAUCAAUGCCGCAUAUGAAGAUGCCAUCGCGGUACUGUCGACCACGCCCCCGAAGUCGGACUCAAAACCGGACCCAGGGACACAACAAGAGGACUACUACCGCAGUUUCCGGACAAACGUAUGUGUUCUGCUCGCCUGGACUCUGUCAAACGCCUUGCUGGCGGCCAUCAUUGUCACCGCGACAGGCAAGGCAAGCAGCAAAGGGGCGGAGAGCACCGUCAAUGGCUACAUGGCAUUCAUCCUGUUCUCGGUCGCUGGACUCGCUUUCAUCCGUUUUCUCGGUUCAACGACGUACAUGGUUGUGCGCUUAUUCGCUGGCGAAUAA